AUGUCAUUUAACAUCGCGGGACUGGGAGGGCUCGUGAGUUGCGGCAAGACGGGGUUCAAGGCUGCGAUGUCGCAUUCGCCCGAGUUCCCGUGCGAAACCGAUGGCAAGCCACGCGAAAGAUACAUUUUCUUCGGGUUUCCCCACGUGUCAAUCGGUGAGUCGGGCGAGGUGGGGUCUCUGCUGCGGCGCGGGCGCGGCAAGCCAUCGAGCGCGUGCGGCGCGCUGAUCGCGAUCAAGGGCGACAUCCAGGCUGGCGGUCCCGUGGAAGAAGACCCCGAUAAUGCCGAGUAUGUCUCUCUCAAAAAGAAGAUCAUUGCGCGCGUGAAGCCGUCUUCGACUCCUUCCGACGGCCCGUCGCUGGUCCAAGUCACCAGGGCCGCGCUCCAGGCAAUCACUGAUGACCUGGAGCAUCUUAUCUCUCUUACUGUGGAUACCACUACUGCCGACUACGCUGUUAUUACAGGCGUACAGAUUCACUCUGGCGAUCAGAUUCCCGGCGAGCCCUUCCGCAUUGAGCGCACCUGCGACUACAUCGCACCCAAUGCCAUGUACGCCGUGAUUCGCGGGGAGAAGCACAUUCUUCACACGGAGAUCAACCAAAUCACCGCCAUCAAGUCUCUCUCUCCUUCGCCUACCUCGUUCGCAGGCUCGUCAGCUGCUGCGAUGGCCACCAUCAGCGCUCACACAUUGACCGCGAGGAAUCCUGCGGCUCUGCUCGGUCAAACAGAGUCAAUGACUUCUUCCAGCGCCAUCCCCUCCUUCUCCGGUCUGCGCGCCGCUGCCCCCGUGAAGGCCGCCGCCAAGGCCGCCUGCGCUCGCAACUGCAAAUGCUCCCGCCACUCAGUCUUCCGCGCCGUCGCCGCGUCCGCCAACAACGACGCCGAGGCUUCGUCGCAAACUCUCUUCGCCAGCGUGACGCAGGCUGCGCCUGCCCCCGCAGCUGAGAACAGCCUCCUCGUCCCCGGUAUCAUCGGCGCCGGCGUCGUCGGCGGUGCCGCGCUUGCUCUCCUGACUAACAAGCCGGCGGCGCCGGCCGCGGCGGCUCCCGCUGCUGCCGCCAGCUCCUCGCCGGUGGCGCACGCGAAGCGCGCCGCGGCGCCCGCGCUGGCGACGAUGGCGGCGACGUUUCCGAACGCGAUGCAGGAGGAGACGUUCAUGCACGCGGUGGCUGAGGAGCUCCGCAACCUCGGCUUCCGCCGCGACAACUGCAUCGCGCUCGUCAACACAUGCCGCGACGAAGUCUGCCGCCCGAUCGUGAACCUCAUUGAUAGGGAAUUCGGGUUGAGCUUUAACAUCGCCGGGCUCGGUGGGCUGGUGAUCUGCGGCAAGACUGGGUUCAAGGCUGCCAUGUCGCAUUCGCCCGAGUUCCCGUGCGAGAAGGACGGCAAGCCCCGCGAACGAUACAUUUUCUUCGGAUUCCCCCACGUGUCCAUCGGCGAGUCCGGUGAGGUCGGCUCCCUGCUGCGUCGCGGGCGCGGUAAGCCGUCGAGCGCGUGUGGAGCGCUGAUCGCGAUCAAGGGCGACAUCAAGGCGGGCGGACCCGUGGAGGAUGACCCCGAUAAUGCCGAGUACGUCGAGCUCAAGCGGAAGAUCAUCGCGCGCGUGAAGCCGUCCGGCCCCGACGGCCCUUCUCUCGUGCAGGUGACCAAGGCCGCCCUGCAGGCGAUCACUGACGACUUGGAGCAUCUCAUCUCGCUCACUGUGGACCCUGCCACUGCUGACUAUGCUGUCAUCACUGGCGUGCAAAUCCACUCUGGAAACCAGAUCCCCGGCGAGCCCUUCCGCAUCGAGCGCACGUGCGACUAUAUCGCACCCAAUGCCAUGUACGCCGUGAUUCGCGGCGAGAAACACAUUCUGCACACGGAGAUCAACCAAAUCACCGCCAUCAAGUCCGUGCCUGCUAACAAGUUCGCUUAG